GUAUAAGAGUAUUCUCUCUCUCUCUCUCUCUCUCUCUCUCAUAUUUCUACGAUGGAAAGCAAGCUUCGAAAGGUUGAUAGUAAUGAGAAUGAGAUAUGCAUAGGUGAUUAUUCUUCUUCCCUAGCUAUGCAUAAGGAUUCCAAAACAAUAUCGAAAACAAGGAACAAGAACCCUAAGAUACGCAUAAUUCACAUGUUUCCUCCGCAGAUAAUCAAGACAGAAGCUCAGAACUUCCGGGAACUGGUGCAGAGGAUAACCGGGAAACCACCAACAACCACUCAUCAAAACUGUUGCAACAUUCAGAAGAAGCCACCAACUAUAUCCUCAUCAGAAGUAGUUUUUUGUGGCGGUGGUUACUUGGGAGGCUUCUCUGAUUUGGAACAAAGCUUUAUUUCUGAGCUUCCAAUGCUUCCCUUUGAUAUAUAGGGUUAAUUAAUUACCUUCAUGCAUCUUCAACUUCUCAUAUGUUUUUCUUUUUCUUUGUUGCAAACAUUUCAGUUAGCAAUGUCGUCAUGUUUAUGUGUGAGAUUGACAAAAUUAUAUCAUGUAAAAAUAGAGAUAUGUAUAAGAUAAGCAAAAUUAUUUGAUGAAUGAUGACCCAAUUCUUAUUGUGGUUUCACUAUUUGUAAACUUGCAUUUGGUUUGUCUAGUUUCUGGCAGACGAACCAAGAACGUGGAUAAAGACCAACAUUAGAUAAAUAAUAUAUGAAUCUCGGAGUCAAUAGAGUAUUUGUACAA